UAUCACUGUGCAUACCAUCCAUUGCGAUAGAUGGCAUAGCUGUACCAGACAGUGCAACAUUUAAGGGAGACAGUAUAUCCACGACCACUGUCCAAAGCUCAACAUCUACACCAUCAACUAUAGAAGCUACGUCUACCCGUGCCACAUCAGUAGCUGGAGUGGUAUCGACACAUACUACGGAUUCUGUGGUUCUACUUUCAACAUUUUCUGAACCAGUGACAUCUAUCUAUACGAAACAAGAGGAAAACAGUAUGUCUACUGCUAUUUUCUUACCUUUAACUUCUGCUGAACUUAAUAUAUCUCAAAGUGCAAUCUUGAAGGAAAACAGUAUAACUUCAGCAACUGUCUCAAGUUUGACAUCGAUUGCAUUAGUUUCAUCAUUGACAAUAAUGUCGCUGGAGAACAGUAUAUUAACUGCCACCAUAUCCUACAAUUCUGUUUUAAAAGAGGACAGUGUGUCGUUGGGAAAUGACCAUAUUUCAUCAACCCCUGAGUUAACGAUCCUCAACAGCCUGGCAUCGAAUGAAGACACUAUAUCCUCUGUUACUUUUCCAAUUUCAAACACGGAAGCAAUAGUUCCAUCAAAUUAUAUGAUGUCUGAGGAAAGCAAUAUUUUACCGACAAUCACUCCAACUUUAGCAUCGAAUGUAUCAACACUUUUUUCUUCCACAGAAAUCCUUUACAUUGAUUCAUCAACAGCCGAGAAUGUAACAUUUGAGCUUUACACCUUUCCUGAUGAUAAGCUAUAUCCAGAGCUGUAUGUCGGAAUGAGAGCUCAUGUUGCAGUUGUGGCGAUUUAUCCAGAGGGAGUUUACCAAAACAUUACUAUCAAAUUAAAGGACACAAAUCCAGGACAAUUCUUUGAUGUAACACAUGUGUCGUGCAAACACGGAUCUUCAGUUAACAGUUCAAAAGAAUACAAAAUUAAGGAAAAAAAAGGUCUUGGGUAUGGGUUUACACGCUUUCCAAUGCUAGGCAACGUACACGAAUUCAUCAACGUAUCGAAAUCCAACGAUGUGGAAAAUCGACAGGAUUUAUGCAACUUCACAAUAUUUCUACACAAUGCAAAUGAUUUGAAGGACGUCGAAAACAUAAGUUUAACAGCGUCUUUGGAAAUACUGGAAGAUAACUUUACAAUUUCAAAACAAGUUACUUUUUCCGUCAUACCAACUGUUUUGAAAUUAAAUAAAACGGCUUCUUGUGAACUGUUCCCUUCUGUGCCGGAUAUAAUCCAAGCUGAGAGAUAUAAACGGAGUACAUUCAAAUUCAGAUGUUGGAUUCCUCUCUAUAGUCCCCAUAUUGAAGUCAUCAUUUCGGAUGAAUCUGAAACGCCAUAUUUGUCUGUUGUCUCUUUGUAUAACAAAUUGUUAAAAUUUGGAUCUAACUUUUUACCAGGAGCACAGUCGGCGUACGCCAUCGAUGCAUGCAGUCACAUGGCCAUAAGUCCUGAAGCCUUGACACACACCUUAUCAAAACAGUGGGUAAACCGAGAAUAUUAUUACACAAAUGAAACAACAGACGAUGAUAUUUUGGAGUUUUUGGCAUCAGCAACUCUUUCGGAAUCUGCCCUUCUUGAUGUCAACUAUACCUUUAGGAUAAGUGUUCUAAUCGAUAAAAUCAAUCUGUGGAAUACUACUGUCAUCUUGACUCCAAAGGAAUCAUUUACAAACGAAACGUUUAGAUAUACCGUCGACUUAUACAGAGAAGAUCUGGAUGAAAUAUACCCCUAUAGUGAAAUAUCUAUAUUUCUAAAGGUCAUAGUUCUAAAUCUCCCUUCAGGCGUCUUUUAUAUGAAUAUUUCUACUAGGGCGCAAGUGGAAAACAACGACCCCGCUCUUGUAAUACAGUCAAUAACGAAGCAUGACGAUAGUAACGGUAUACGUUGCAACAUAAUUUAUGCAGAUUACCAAACUGGUUUCUCCGGCAUUCAGAAUAUAGCAAUUGUGAGAAUGACCUUUCUAAACUCUUGGCCAGAAACAUCUGGUUAUGUUAUUUAUCGUAUAAAACUUAGUAUGCAUUCUGCAAACAUAGGAGAUAAUCAUUUGGUGAUUGUUGAAACCAACAAUCAAGUCGUCCAACACAUGAUCCAACUAAAUAUACCAUUGAUAUUUCAAGACACAAACGGAACAAUCUUAUCUGAACUUUAUAAUGUGUUCGACAAAAACUACUCAUCAUGUAUUCGCCUGCCAGUAUUAGAGAACACACCGCCCUUGCUAUUGAUGAAGGUUAAUACUGCAUGGUUGCAAAUAAGUCCUGCGACCUACAAUAUUACAAUUAUUGGAGAAUACAUAGCAUGCCAAAAGCAUGGACAGAAAAUUUUACAGGUAUCCACAGCAAGUUCAUCGGGUGGAUUUAGCGGUCAUGUGACAUUUUGUGAGCUGCUAUCUGAAAAUAAAAUUCCUGAGAAAAAGGAAUGCACGUAUCUAUGCCACUGCCAAGGAGAGGUGCAAUGCCGAGAAACAGUGAUAUUCAUGGCUAACCAAGAAAAAUUAACAACUUGGAGUCUCUGUGAAUUAAUCGCAAAAAAUGUACUAUAGAAGUUAUUUAUGUUUGUAGAGGAUUAAUUUCUGGACUGUUCAGAAAUCGUGGGAUUUGUCUGUCAUCAACUUAUUAUAUAAAUGAUCAGAAUAUUAUUUUUUAUUGAAUGUAUGACAUAUAAUGAUUGAAGGAA